GGACGCAAGCGCGAGUCAGGUGGUGGUUGUGUUAUUGUGACGCAGGCAGGCCGUGCAAGGAACCUGUGCUGCUGUUGUCGAGGCGGUUGGUCGCGGUCGCACAGCUUGAACCAGAACCAGAACCAGAGUCAGAGUCAAGUCACCUGCGGGGCCUCGGCGUUGGCAGCUUUCGGCGAAGUUUCUGCGAGUAGCCCUGCUGACCGAGCACGGCAUCUCUUCACACACACACACACACACGGAGCGGUAAAUCACCUUCAUCAGCAGUAACAGCCGCCGCCACCGCCCGGUUCGGGUACGAAAGGACAUGAAGGAUUGCGGAGGAUAAAGCGAGUGGGAGUGACGGCGCCCGUGGAUCGUCUCCACCUGUGGCCGCCGCUGCUCGAGACACCUGGGGGGCGCGCGCGGCCGCCAACUGCCACCGGCCGCCGUUUGCAGCGUCUCGAGGCGGCGGGCAGGCGCGCGCUGAUCCGGGCCCCGGAGCGAUGGCCUGGGUGAAGCUCUUCCUGAAGCCCGGGAGCAACCUGCGGAGCGGCUACCAGCCGGGCAGCAUGCUGUCCAUCGCGCCCACCAAAGGGUUGCUGAACGGGCCGGGCGAGAACAGCUGCUUCCUCAACAGUGCGGUGCAGAUUCUAUGGCACCUGGAUAUAUUCAGACGAAGUUUGAGACAAAUGCCCGGACACGUGUGUUUUGGAAAUGCGUGCAUAUUUUGCGCUCUAAAGGAUAUAUUUGCAGAAUUUAGAAACAGCAGGGAGAAAGCUCUUCCCUCUGAUAAUUUACGCAGUGCUUUAGCGGAGAGCUUUAAAGAUGAACAUCGUUUUCAGCUGGGUCUAAUGGAUGAUGCCGCAGAAUGCUUUGAGAAUAUUUUGGAAAGAAUUCACUCGCACAUAGUCUCAGACACUGAAAUGGAUACAUGUACUGCUAAGUGUUGCAUUACUCACCAGAAGUUUGCCAUGACCCUUUAUGAACAGAGUGUGUGCCACAGUUGUGGAGCUACAUCGGAUCCUUUACCAUUCACAGAGCUGGUACAUUAUGUGUCAAUAACCGCACUCUGUAACCAGGUAGACAGAAUGACGGAGAGACAUGAACGUCCUAGGCCAGAAUUGUUUGCAGAGCUACUUCAAGCAGCAAGUACCAUUGGCGACUAUAGGAACUGUCCGAGUAAUUGUGGACAGAAGAUAAAGAUCAGACGUGUGUUAAUGAAUUGCCCAGAGAUAGUCACCAUUGGUUUGGUCUGGGACUCUGAGAAUUCAGAUCUCACAUUGGAUGUUAUCAGAUAUUUGGCAUUACAGCUCUACCUCCCCGGACUUUAUUUCAGAGCAACUGAUGAACGGGCUAAAAGAAGUGAAUUAAUCCUGGUUGGGAUGGUAUGCUACUCCAACAGACACUACUGUACAUUUGCCUUUCAUACCAAAAGCGCUAAGUGGAUUUUCUUUGAUGAUGCCAAUGUUAAAGAGGUUGGAUCAAAGUGGAAAGAUGUGGUCUCCAAGUGUAUUCGAGGUCAUUUCCAGCCUUUGCUGCUGUUUUAUGCUAAUCCAUGCGGCAUGCCAGUCAGCACGGAAGAUGCGCCUAGACAAGUCUUUCAACCUGUUCACUGUAAAAUGGAUGGAGAGGAUUCUGAAAAAGAAAUGAAGAUUCCUGCAACCAGAGUAUCUGACUACGAGAAGGAGAAUGGAGCUGAAGGACAUUCAUCAAAAGUUAAGGGCCCAAAACUGCCUCCAAAACAACCAUCUAAUGCGAAAGGUGGUUUCCAAAGAGGUUACAUUCAAGAUAGCAGAGGUCGAGGUCUGAUUAAAAUGUUUCCUGACGAUUCAUCAUUUUGGCCAUGGGACCGUUCAAAGGAGCAUGCCCAAAAGCCACAGAAUGGAAGGAACCUGCCACAUACCCAGAAAAAAGAAAAUGAUAAACCAACAAGAAACGACUAUGGCAAGCAAAGAGAGGAGAAAUCUUCCAAAUCUGGGACACCACACCUUGGUGCAAGGCAUUUUGGGGAUCAACACGCAUACAGUAGUCAAGGAAAAGGACAUUUAAGCGAAGGUGGAAGUACUCCGCACAUCAGGACAACAUCAGAUUCAGUUCCACAUAAAAAUAAAAACAGUGGUUUUACUGGAUAUGAUACUGAUAGUAGCCAAGAAUCAAGGGACAAAGGCAAUGGUAGAAGUAGAAAUAAGGGUAAGGUAUGGAAACCCUCACGGGAAACACUGAACGUGGAUAGUAUUUUUGAGGAAGGGAGCAAGAGACAAAACAGUCCAAAGCACAAAUCAAACGCUGCUCAGCAGAUGCUACAUAGCAAAGGACAGAAUCCUAAUGAUUUAUUGAAUGAGAAACGAAAACACAAAGGAUUGAUGACAAUAUAUGAAGAUGAAUGCAAACACGGAAAUGGAACUUCUUCAUUAGAAGUUGAUGGAAAAGCAAAUCCAAAAAAUGAAAACAAAUGUGAAAACUUAAAAAUCCAUAGCUCUGGUUAUAGGACACAGAAAAUGGAAUCUGGUCAUGAAAGCAGCAGUUUGGUCAAUAAUGCCGACCCCGACUCUCAAAGUGUGGAGAUUUUUAGUGGGAAGCACAUGACGAAUAACCAAGAUGCACUUUCCAACAGGAAUCCAAUAACAUCACUCAAAACUGACAGAAGUCUUAAUCUGCCCAUUAAUAGGUUUCCAGAUAACGAAGCUGAACUUCAAGAAAAUGAGUCCAAGUCCAGGCACAAGAAUUUUCAUAGACCUGAUAUGCAAAGAUCACAGUUUGAUAAAAGCCAAGCUUCGCCUUCAGUUGAAAGAGCCAGAAAAGCAGCUCCUUUCCCCAAGCAAAAUUCUGGAUUUCAGGAGUCACCUGGAAUGAACUUGCCAGACUACAAGCUCUGUAAGGAUAAUGAACAUCGUCCACAGACACAAUUGAAACAAUCCUCCCCAAACAAAAUGUCUCCCAAAGUUUCAGUGAACUCCAACAUCGGGGCUGUGCCAGUGUUGCCAGAUCCUUAUGCAUUUCCAUUUGAUGACUUGAAGAAGACUUCAUUAGCUUCUUAUGGGGAAAUACAUUGUAAUAAUUUGCAAGAUUUACAGGAUUCCCCAGUUCACGUGUUGCCUUCUAGUUCUCGGCAAGUUGAAAUAAAGGCACCAGCAUCACCACCUGAAUCACAAGUACAUUUGCAUCUAGUGGAUAGUUUCUCUGAAAAUUCUCCAUCUGGGAGACUAGGUUCACACCAUGGUUUUGAAACAAAAGAGAAUUUCCUGGAACCUGUACAUCACACGAGAUCCUCUCCACCGCCUCUCCCUCCAAAGAGGUAUAAUCGGAGAACCCAGUUUAGUUUAGACAACAAUGCCUUAAAUUUCAGGCAGAUAAAUGUACCAAAGGAGCAAAUGCCUUUUUUGACUGAAGUGACUGAAAGUAUAAAAUCCAGGUUUACGGAUGAUUCAACUGUGCCUCCUGAUGAGGUGCCUCAAAUAACUGUAGGUCAAGGGCAAGCUUUGAGUCCAACAGAAAGUUCUGAUCAUGUUACAAAUUUACCUGACAAAUCUCCAAAGCUUGAAACUAAUGUUGCUUUGGUAGAAUUAACUAAGCAUGUUGCUCCAACAACCUACUUUUCUGUGGAUAGUUGUAUGACUGAUACUUACAGAGUCAAAUACCAUGAGAGACCUAAACUCUACUUUGCAGAUGUGAAAGCUAAGCAAUCUCAGCAGAGUGGCGAUCCCUUCCAAGGCAAUGGUUAGAUGUUUAUCCUCAAGUGUCAUUCAACGUACAUGAAGUUAAAGGCAUCUUAAUCACAUUCCCGAAAGCAAUAAGCGAGAAGUCAUCGCUAAAAUUGUCAUGGAACCUAAAUUAACUCAACUGCAAGUGUCUGUAAGGGUCACACCUGAAGAACAGUAGAAAACAAAUGGGAAGGACCUCUGUAAAAAAUUGUCAUAAGAAUAAUUACAGAAAUCAUUCAGGAGAGGGCAGCUAUUAUUUGUUUGGUCGCAAGUUUUCAUGAUACUUCCGACUAGUAUAGACUAGAGUAUGCAUGAUGAUGAUUUACGAUCAAAAAUAUGUAUUCUCUGUUUUUAUGGUAUAAUUGUUUUGAUAUUAUUUAACCUAAAUGUAAACUACAAUAUUGACAAUUCAUACACUUUUUGUAACAUUUGAAUGCUUUUGCCUAAAAAUAUUAAAUUAAUUGCCAAUUUAAUAGAGCAAAAUAAAGCAAAUAAUGUUCACCUAGUUUUAUUUAAACUAAAAUUCUGCUAUAUUACACCAUAAAAGUGGAGUAGAAAUUUCCUGAAUGUAAGCCUAAAGGAAAUAGUAGCUGCUAAAGGUUAAUACCAUGGAGAUUUAAAACUACAGUUGGAAUGGUAAAUUUUAAUUUUUUAAUGAUUUUAAAAUUUAAAAAAAUUAGAUAGAAAGAAUAAAAGUUUUGAAAGAUUGAAGAAUGCACCAUGAAAACAGGCCCUUUGGCCUACAAGUCCAGGCUAACCACUGAUCACCCAUAUACUCUUGUUCUGUUAUCCCACUUACUCAUCCACUCCCUACACACAAGGUAAUUUACAGAGGUCAAUUAACCUACAAGCCCACACAUUUUUGGGAUGUGGGGGAAAAUCAGAAUGGCCAAAGGAAACCCACAUGGUCACAGGAGAACGUGCAAAUCCAUACAGAUAGCACCUGAGGUUGGUAUCAACCCAUGUCUGGCACUGAGGCAGCAACUCUACCAGCUGUGCCACUCUUCUAAAUUAUUUUGUUGAUUCCAACUUGCUUUACAAUUAAAACUAGUAGCUAUUAAGAAUAGUUUUUCUAAUUUGCCUGAGGAAAUAAUUUCAUAUUUUGUUACACUCCAAGUUUGUUGCCCAAAUAUCCAUGUCACUUAACAACCCAAAAAAUACUGGAUUCCAUGGACGGAGUCUAUUCAUUGCUUUUGAAUAUCUAGUUUAAAAAUAGAAUAAUAUUUGCUUUUACAUGCAAGGUCUAGGAUAAUUGGUUUAAAUAUUUCUUUGCCUUGCAUGAGUUUGCAGAAAUUAGUUUUAUUCAGAAUGAUGAACUCAGAUUAUUAAUUUUAUAAACUGAUUGAUCCAAUGUAGGCACUCUGCAAGACUGAGUAAUUUAGAUUUUUUUUAAUAUUGAUCCCCACGUAAAUUAACGAGAGUUUACAAUUUUGAAAAGUAAAUGACUUAUUUGAGGUCGAUUUUGUAGGUACAAGUGGAUAUAGAGUGGACUUGUAUCUCCAACUAUGAAUGCCAAAAUCCUGUAAUUCUUUUUAUAAAAUAAUUUUUUUAUGCAUUGAGGAGAGGUUCUGUGCAGGUUGGGUUUUAAGGUACUGUUACUGUUUUUUCUAAAAUAUUAAUCUACAUGUAAAUAUUUUCAUGUAUUAUCUUUUCAGUACAUGAAUACUUUAUAUUAACUUUAUUUGUUUUUCUGUUACUAUGCACACUUAUGGCAUUUGAAUUCACAAAGUGGUUUUGAAAAACAUUUAAUUAUCUAAAAAAUAGAUUCAUUAUUUGAUAACAUUUGAUAGUGCUUCAAAUGUACUUUAAUAUUAAAAUGGAUUGUCUUUCCCCGUGCCUUUUUGCUUUGUUUCGAAAGUGUGCUUAUAUUUUGAGCAAAAACCUCUUUGGCUCCAACGAAAAAGUGAAGGUAUUUGAAUAUCUCUGAACGACCUUGAAUAUUGCUGUGCACUGAACUGUUAACUUAGUUUUUAAGGUAUUUUUGCACACAAGUAUUUUAACCGGUUAAUUAUCUUGCACAAAUGUUUUAAAAUAAAGCCUUAAGUAUUUUAGGAUAUGUAUGAUAAAGCAUUGUAUAUCCUAAAUAUACCUUAAUUACUUAAAUAUAUUGUAAAACACUGUUAAAAUAUCUUGACUCCAAACAUUUGAUUAAACAAGCCUAUGGGACAGUUAAAUACAAACAAGACCAAAAUGGACCAACUUGUCUAUUUAUUUUUCUAUGUACAAAGUGGGAAUAUUUGUAAAACUGAUUUUUAUUAUUUGGAUAUAUUAUGGAACAAAUAAAUAACUUUGUAUACAAUU